AUGUGCAGCUCUGUCUUUGUUGAGACUGAAACUCCAUCGUCGGUGUUCUUCGCUGGUGGUGGUAGUCGAGGUGGCUUCGGUGAAAUGACAGUAUUCAAACAACGAUUCAAGAGAUGGAAUUUCUUCUUCGUGAAUGGCUGCUACUACAACCUUGCUUACAUUCUCUUCUCCUGGAAGUUAGGAUGGUGGGAGAUUGGUGCUAAGCUGUUCGUGCUUCAGGAAGUUUACGAAACAUUCCUGUACCUCAUCACACCGAUCGUCCUGCCAAUCAGUUUUUUCGUCCGACCUACAUACACAUCUUAUCUGUUUGCUGCCACACUAGGCCUAUACUUCCUCAACGCGAUGAUCUUCAACGAAGUACAUUUGAGAUUGGCAGGGAGGAUGGUCAAAAGAAAUAUGUUAAUCUUCUACUACAUGCCGUUCAAAUUUGUGCUUACCUUUGUCAACGUUGCCAGCUGUUGGUGGAGUCUUUGGCAGUAUGCAAAAUACUUUGCAAAACGACAUCCUCGAAUCAUAGAAGAUGAGAAAGCCGUUGGCGUCGUACUGCGCAUCGAGGAAGAUGCUGAGAAUAGACAGGGAGAAAAAGAAGUAUUUGCUUCAGGUGCAGUGGGAAGACCAUUGUCUCAAAUCAGUACCAGAAGUUAUCAAUCAAGUCGGUCUUCACACAGAAGCGGGAACAGCGCGAUUCCUGUCGAUAUCGUUCGCGAUCCAUUCGACGUCGACCCAUUAGAGCGAAUCAUGAGUGCUGAUGGUGCUCCGGAUGUUUGGAUUGAGGGAGUAGAGACUCCAGAUGUAAAUACUCAUUCAAAGCAAUUGGACGUGAAUUCCACAGGGUGGGUUGGAAAUUGGUCUUUAGGCAAGACUGGCACAAGAAGAAGACCACGUCCACAGUCCGAGGUGUUGCAACCUGUCGUUGAACAUGAAGACGAGGACGACGAGGAAGAUGAGGCUUUGGCUGGAUAUAGCUAUUACGGCGUGUAA